AUUGCUUCCUUCAAUCGUCCGCUAAAGAAGAUCCACGACGAUAUACAGAGGUGGAUAGCAGAUAGGUUCGAUAGGUUAGAAGCUGGCUCAGACGGUACGGGCCUGAUCGAUCUAAGUGCGAUCCUCCGGAUGGGCGAGUACGCCCUCGUGAGCAACGCAGACGCGCUCAACAUAUACCUGGCGGGCAUAGAUAUCAUAACAGUCGACGUGUCCGAAUCGAGACUUAAUUCGGACACCAUUCUAUGGCUCUAA